CCAGUGGGACAGAAUCAGAAAUAUCCUGGACCUCAUCUGAUUUUUUUGGAUACUCCAAUGAAGAUAUGGAAUUACAUGUAUGAAUUGUCCUGUUAUUCUUUAUUUGUCAUCAUAUUAAUGGUUUUUCCUUUCUCCCUCCUUUCUUUUCUGAAAUCCAUGAAGAAAAAUCUUCAUAUAAAUUACAACCAAUAAAGUUUUAGACGGAAAAUUUGUAAGAGAAAAAAAGGAAUGUUAAAUAAAAGUAGAAAUAUCAAAUGGUAACAAUAAUCUAGACAAAAUUAAGACGACAUGAUAUGGGCUACUGAAAUACAUAACAAGUAAAGAAGAGAGAAAUAAGCAGAAGUGUGCAAGAUUGAGAAAGCCGAGAUGUUGUAUUACAUCUUAUCUUACCCAAGAGAAAUAUACUUAUAUACUGGGUAUAUUACAGAAGUAAACAUUGGAAAUGCAAUUAUAUCCUGAACUCAAACAAAAAUAAAACUAACAGUGCAUUAAAUAACUAACAUAGCCACUAACAAAGCAUGCUGGAGAUUAUUCAGUAGCUCUGAUAAUAUUUGUAAAUACAUAAUGAUAACAUGAUUUUUACUCAGCUACCAUUUUCAUCUCUUUUUGUUUGAUGUCAUUCACUCUUAUUUUAUUAUGUAUUUAUUUUGUUUUAGUCAUAUGUUGGAGGACCCUUCUUUUUCCCACCCCCAAGUAUCCUAUUUCGUUGCAUCCUUUAUCAGGCAUCGCCACGAAAAUCCCCCAAAUCGUCCAUCAGAUCUCGCACUGCAGGAUGUACAUCAGAAGUAUCUGAGGACCAACAGACACAAGAUUUUGAUGAUGAGGAGACCAUCAUUAAUCCCAAUGUUCCCAAAAUAAUCAUUGAGCAGGUGACCAUGGAAGAGCAGAUGAUCUUUGGUGCAUUGCAGACGCUAAAUGAGGAAGCCUGUGAAGAUGUACUUGAAGAGCAAGAGAAGGCUGAUCUCGCACCCACAGCCUCCCAUCUCUCAACAAUAACAUCGGGAGAAACUGGUGAAGGAGAGGCCUCUGCAGUUAACGGAGGGGAGGAGAUGGAUGUAAUGUUCCUGCAGUCGUCACCACUUCUUUCUCAUCGUGUCGUAUCAGCACCAACCUCAGAUGUGGAAUCCACUGCACCUUCUCAUGCCUCCAGCUUCUCCCCAUAUAAGCCAAACAAUGUGUCACUAUCCAGAGCCUCUUCAUUACGUUGUUCCUCAACCUCCACCUCACCUAAACACAGCACAAGUGACAAACCAUUAGGGGUGCCAACUCUUAGGAAUGAAGGCAGAGAGUCUUCACCUAUAGGACGGAUUUCAGUGUCAAAUAAUUCUUCUCCACUGCGUCGUAGUCGACCCCAGUCACUUAAUCUGGGUCGUGGGCUUCAUGACCCAGAUGCCUCAAGUCCUGACACUCCACAGCAAGAUAAUCUAAAGGAUGGAGAAAUUCCUCAGGCAUCCUUACCAGAUUUACCAGGUGCAGUGGCGGGAAUGAAACACGUCACCCUUGCAGAGCAAUUCUCCUCCAACUCUAUGGAGAAGCUGCGUCGCCUUAAGUAUAAACUCCACCGUGCCCUGGGCUCUCAUGAUGGCCCACUAAGCUUCCCUUCAGAUGAUGCUGAAACAUCACCCUUAGUUUUGGCAACUCCUACACGACCAUCGCCAGUAACCACACCAGACCCAGAAGUGGCUUGCCAAAAUGCUAAUUCAAUUGAGACUUCAAGCAGACCACUAACACCCUUAUUAAAAAAUGCUCAUGAUUCUUCACCUGGACGCAUAACUUGCAAAUUGCCAUCUGCUGACCGUGAAACUCCAGUUUAAGACAACUGUAGGCUGGAAUAGUUAUUUUCAUAUCAUAUAGACUUAAUAAGAAGCUUUCCAUUUAGAAGUAAGGUAAAUACACACACACACACACGCAUGCAUAGGACAUGCACGCACGUGCACACACACACACACACACACACACACACACACACACACACACACACACACACACACACACACACACACACACACACACACACACACACACACACACACACACACACACACACACACACACAUUCACACAUACACAAAAGGGCAUACCUGUAUUUGUAUAUACUGCAAUCAUUUGAAACAAAAAGUAGCAGGAGUUGAAAAUAUCUUUAGUCAUCUUAGAUUUAUAUCAAUUUCUAGGAAUUUAAAUACCAAGUUACUACUGAACCUGAUUAGUGAUAUCCACAGAGAAAAGGUGCUAUGCUGUCACCAGACAGGGAGCUUCUACAAGUCGUCAAUAUGUGAUAGAGAAAUAAGACUGCUUAUGGCUGUGACAGUUGUUGCAAUUUUAUUUUCUAGAUUCAUUCACAUGAUGCAAUGCUUUUUCAUCUGAUGUUUAAUGGUUGGGAGUGCUGGAGUCCUUUCAUUUACAUUUUUAUAUCAUAAUUCUUCUUUUUCUUGGUGUUAUGAAACACUGAAAGACACAUAACUUUUAAGGCCUAAUUACUUUAUUUGUGUCUCAUUAGAUAGCUGUGGUGCUGUUACCUAUGUUCAAUUAUGUUAAAAAAGCAAUGUUGCUAUUUUAUGAAGCUUACAGUUUUAAAAAUCAGUUAUCUUAUUGUUUUAGUUGUACUCUAUGUUUACAGCCUUCAUGAACUCCAACAUUAUAUAAGUGGUGUUGGCUCUUUUCUUAAGUAUGUGCCAAUUGUGAUACUUAUCAUACAUCCAUUUAUGUACUGGUGGCAACACCAGUUCCAUAUAAGGGUAGUAAGUCUUACUCUCCUGAAUGAAGCAAUGUUUUCUUUGUUUGGUAUUUAUGUUACUUUGAUUGACAUAGUAACACGUGGAUAUCUGACUCUUGAUAAUAUGAACUGUGACAUUCUGUUCUUAAAAUAUGUGUCAAACUUUUCACAGACUUAUUGUGUAUAUUUAUUAGUAAUAAUAGACUUACUAUCAUGAGCUACUAAAUGUACAUGUUAUACACAGUAAUACUUGAUAAUUUACACCAGUGUGCCUGUGUUAAGAUUUUUACUUAUUCACUUUAAUCUGAAUGUUUCAGGGCAGAUUAUCAAUGUUUUGAUUGAGUGAAAAAUAACACCUUCAAAUUGGAGGACAUGUUUCGAGAAUGCAAUAGUCUUAGAUAAUGCUUGAUAUGCAUUCAUUUUCUACAUCCGUUCCUCCCAUGCAUCAAUUGGACCGUUGUAGGUUCAAGUGAGCAUUUAACAUUAAUAUCACCAUUACCAGAUACUGUAUGUUAAACUGUUCUUGUUCCCUUUUUUUUUAAUGUUUUUCUCAUCCAUUGUUUAUUAUACUAAGAAAUAUGUCAUGUUUGUUCAUCCUCUUAAAUGAGAGAAUCUACUUCAGUGUUUACCUUUCAUCACACUAGAUUCCAGCAACAGCAUAUCCCUGCCGUUGAAUGGGUGGAGGAUAAGGAAUUUCUUGUAGCAGACACUGCAAGAACUUUGCACAUACAGUUGGUGUGAUUGCCUUUUUAUUCCAUGUUAAUUGUCCUUUAUUUCUAGAUGAGACUUGUAUCUCUUUUAUGAAGACAUUACAUAAUUAGAUUAGUGUACCUGAAGAUAAAAGAGCAAGAUGCCAAUGGGAACUUCUUGAUAGCCAACUAUGAUUAACAGGAAAAUAUUUUUUGAAUGAUUGUAGAUAUUCUCAUAGAUUCUCUCAUACCUCACCUACUUGAAAUGUAUUGGUGUGUUUCUUAGAUAAACCAUCACAUGUAGGAAUAAACACAUUGUAAUUGGCAAUAUCAAUCACUCAUGGUCAUGCAUUUUAUGAGGGCUGAAUUAUGCUUCAGAAUGAGCAUCAUUUUAUGCAAAUUAAUCAUGGAGUAUAAUGUGUUUCCAUUUGCAUUUAUCUUCAUAGACCCUUUUUAAGAUAAAAGGUCAUUUCAUAUCAUAACAUUAUCAUCAUUGUAACACAUUUUGUAAUGGUAUUGUUUGAUUUUAAACAAUAUUUAGUGCAUCUGUUUGUAAAUCUAUUUAUGUUUACUUAAUUAAGUAAUCUAAUGUUAUUAAUGUUUAUUUUAAUACCUAUACUGUAAUAAUAAUUUGAAUGGGUAUUUAUUGGUCAGUGCUUUAUAUUCAUGUAACCAUUUUCUGUUGUUGCAAAUGUGUACAACAGGGCAUUUACAGGAAGUUUAUAAAUAAAUUGAAAACUAUAAA